AUGACUACUGGACAAAUAAAUUCUUCUCCAUUAUCACGAGAUUCUCUCGUAGGCAUAGCUCAAUUGAGCUCAGAUAUGUAUACAGAUUAUGGUCAUCCAUGUUCUCAAGAUAACAAUAACAUUUUUCUCAUAUGUACAAAUGGUACUUUUCAGUGUCCAUCACGAACAUUUUUUCAGGAUUCGAUCUGUCGACGACAAAAAUCCCAAGGUGAAUCAUGCACUUCGACAAUUGAAUGUCGAACUGAUCUUAACUAUUCUUGUUUACAAUUUUUCAAAUGUGGACCUUUAUCAGUGCUCGAAGGUGAGACUGUUGCUGCCUAUGAAAAUGGUACAGCUGGAAAUGAUAGUAUUGGACUCGAUACUCCUCUUUCAGUAUAUAUACUAUCAGAUAAUUAUUUUUACGUCACGGACUCAAACAACGCUCGCGUUCAACAUUAUUCUUUAGGCUCGAAAAUUGGUAGAAGAGUAGGUGGUGAUGGUACAGUUGGUUCAGGAGCAUCUCAAUUGGGAAAACUAGCUGCCGGUAUCUAUGUCAAUAGGAAAACUCAAGACUUAUAUAUUGCUGAUAACGCAAAUCAACGAGUCCAACUUUGGCCAAUUAAUGCAACCAUAGGGUACACAGUUUUUGGAAGUGUAUCUACUGGUCUCAAUAAUAUUAUCGGAAUUCGAGUCGAUAGUCUAGAUAACAUUUAUGUCUCCGAAUAUCUCAAAGGUCGGAUUGUUCGAUGGUCAUCAAAUACCACCAACUUGACUGUUGUUGCAGGUAACGGUACAUUAGGUUCAACUGCUGAAUUAUUAAAUUCACCGCGUCAUAUUGAUUUGGAUACCAGUAGCCAAUAUCUAUACAUAGCCGACUGCAACAAUCAUCGAAUACAAAUGUGGCAUAUAUCAAACAAUGGAAGUCUAACAGCAGGAAGAGGUAUCACGGUUGCCGGUGGUAAUGGAGCUGGUCCUGAAUCCAGUCAAUUGAAUUACCCUAGAGCAGUAGUUGUAUCGUAUAAAAAUGGUGCAAUUUACGUUAGUGAUUCACACAAUAAUCGAGUUCAACAUUGGGAGAUGAAUGCCAGUUACGGUGUGACGAUUGCCGGUAGUCCGAGUGGACAAUCAGGUAGCAGUGCAUCUCUAUUAUUCUAUCCGACAGGUCUCGCACUUGAUCCUAAUGAAACUUAUCUCUUUGUUUGUGAUACAGGAAAUAAUCGCGUUCAACGUUUUCGUCUCAUUUAA